AUGAUUAAUUCUUCAAUGUUAAAGAACGAGUAUAAAUUUGAAACAACAUCAAUUCGAAAGGAUGGUAUUAAAGAUAUUAAAAUUCUUAGUGGAGGAGUAUCAGCUGGCGUUGAGAUAAGUAAUAAUGGAGGAAGAGUUGGACUUGAAGCAAAAAUUAAUAUAUUAGAAUUUAAUGGUUCAAGUUUAAAAGCAAAUUUAGGAAUAAGUACAAAUACUGGUAUAUCGAUUAAUACUCAAUGUUUGGAAGCUAAUCUUGCAGGUUUUGGUGUUAAAUUCGGAAAAGAAAUAUGUAUAACCACAUCUUUUGGAGGUGUAUCACUUGAUCUUGAAACCUUGAUUAAAACGGGUUUAAAUAUCGAUGCAGAUAUAAUAACUAAUAUUGAAGGUUGCAGUAUUAUUGGAGACUUUAUCAAGAAUAGUACAGAUGUGUUAUUUGGUGAUGGAGAUAUACCGACCAAGAUCGCAAAUCACAGCAUUAAGGCUGGGAAAGAAAUAGGUGGUAAUGCGCCUAUUGGAGAUGUAUUAUUUGGUAAUGGAGAUAUACCGACUAAUAUUGCAAAUCUAUGCAUUAAGACUGGGAAAGAAAUAGGUGAUAAUGUGUCUAUUGGAGAUGAAUUGUUUGACAUUGAAGAUUCAAUUAAGACUGUUACAAAUGUAACAUGCAAUAAUAAAAGUUUGAUGACUGAUAUAAUAAACUGUGGUAUUAAGGUUGGAAAGGAAAUAGGUAUCAACACGUCUAUUGGUGAUGAAUCACUUAAUAUUGAGAAAUUGAUUACUACUGGUAUAAACAUAUUAACUAAUAAUAAAAAUGUGGAUGAUAUGAUUACAGGUCUAGAUCUUAAAGUUGAGAAAGAAAUAAGUGACAACAUAAAUACAAGUUCAUCAUGUAAUAAUGAAGGUUGCAGUAUUAAUAUUGGAAAUGAAAUAGGUAUCAACAAAAAUAUUAGAAAUGUAGUUUCUAAUAUUAAAAAUUUAACUAGUUGGAUUGGAAACAAAUCAACAAUUUUCUUAAAUUGA